AGUGGUUAGAGAACUGUCAAAAUUGAACAUUGAAUAAUUUUACAUCUUUUUAUUUAUUAAAUUCUUAAAAAUGGGGAUAAUUGGGUUUGCAGUAAAAGUUGGGUUAGCAGGAGGGGCCGUUUAUUAUAUUAAUAACCAAGGAGUAUGGAGUCAAGACAGUCAAGAAUCCGUAAAAACCUACAACAACAUUAAAACUUCCAUUAACCCAUACAUAGACGACAUCAAAGCUCAAAUCCCUAUUGAGCUACCAAAAAUUCCCGAAACAGACAACCUUUGGCAAAUGGGCAGACAAUAUUGGAAUAAAGGAGUUCAAGCCACAUUCCAACAUUUAAGUAACAGCCCGCAGUAUAUCAAAGAAUGGACCCAAAAUGGGUUAAACAGUGCAAUGGAGAAUGAGGGAAUUAAAAGUUUCGUUGAAUCCUUCUCGGCUAAAGAACAACCCUUGAAAAAAGGAAAUUAGUAAUUUUUGUGGAUGUGUAAUUCUAAAUUAUUUAAAUAUACCACAUAAAUGUGUUUUAUUUGCAUUUUUGAGACC